CAUUUUUCUUCAAUCUCUUUCUAUAUCGUAUAUUAAAGUAAUAUGUUUCUGGAGAAUGAAAUACGUCUUCCAUCUGGAGCAGUAUGAGGAGAUUUCCUGGUGGAUGAGACAGGAAAUGUUCCUUGUGGGAUCAGUAGGGCUGAAAUGUUUAUUGGGACCUCCAUGUCUUGUGGUUCCCCCAGCAGGAUGGGAUGGCCAGGCUUGGGCUGCACAAUACUGUCUACCUAACAUUCAGCCCUUCAGCCCUAUUUUCACGCCUUGGGGCCAUUCUCACACUUGGGCACUUUGAUCACCGGCACCGCCCACUAUACCUGCUAUAAGAGGUGAUGGGGAUGGAGUCAGUAUCCACAGAGCCGAGGAGCUCACAACACUCAUCCUCAUCUACUACCUGGUGGCCAAGACAGCUCAGCCCCAAACAUGGCUGGGUACAGCCAAGAACCCGGACAGUUCUAUUUCUCAACUAGUCCUAAUCAAAUGGGAUAUUCCAGCCAGCAGAGCCCCCAUGUUGGAUUGACAAUGGCACCAACUCAUCAGCAGCCCAGUGCAAAAGGAAAUGUUGUCUCCCCAGUUUCAUCUGGUGAUCACAGACCUGCUCAAUCUGCACCGCCCAAAAACACAAGCAGCCCCCCACAGCCAGCGGCGGCAGCGGUAUGUCAACGAAGGAAGAGGACCGUCUACAGUCCAGCCCAGUUGGAUGCACUUGAGAGAUACUUCAAGACCAACAUGUAUCCUGAUAUCCAUCACCGAGAACAGCUGGCCAAACAAAUGUUCCUACCGGAGUCCAGGAUCCAGGUCUGGUUCCAGAACAGAAGAGCCAAAGCCAGAAGAAAGGGAGUCAAAUCCACCCCCCACCAUUCAUCUGAAGGCCAUUUUUCUACCAUCUUAGGAGACAAGUACUUGUAUUCUUCAACAUCCGCUCCUCAUCUUUCCAUGGUCCACCAGCAGCCAAUGUCUUCUCCCCAGAAUCAGAUGCAACCGAUCGGGAACACAGAGCAGGAUUUGUUUAACCAAAGUGCGGACUACCUGGGAUAUGCACAGUACUCGUGUCCGGUGUCUAGACAAAGGCUGAUCAUGAAGCAGGCCUCGGCUAGAGUUCACCAUCAGAACAUGGCAUCCAACAUCUCAAUGGGGAACCAACACUUCUACAACAAUAUGGCUUCCGUCAGGGGUUUCAAUAGUCAAAGCAUGGACUUGGGAAGAGGGCACAUCGAAAUGCCAACGCAAAACAACUAUACCAUGGACUACAGUGCAUUCCAACCCAACAAGGCCAUUCCAUGUGAGAUGAAUGGGAAUAUCCAACCUACCCAGGUGCCUCUGGCUGAUUCCUACACCGGACUCAACGCUUUCCCGGCCGAUAUCCCUUUCCACGUGCCGGGCAUGCAGACCGACUUAUUCAAGCAAAGUUCUCCUGUUUCAGAUUCUGGAGUUAGCGAUAGAUCCACAGAGUAUGGAUCAGACUGGGAUGAGGACCUCACCUCUGUUCUCAAUAGUCUGUAGAUAAUAACGCAUCCGAAUUAUAAGGGACGGCACGCGGCACUUUAUUCCUAAAUUAACCCUUUAUAUUUAAACUAGGCUUCAACUGUAGAAUGGA